CAACACCUCGUGGCGUUUACAUUUUGAUAAAAUUUGUAAUCUUGGAGAAAAAUUAAUAGAAAGUAUAUGCAUCACGAAUUGUAGAUACUCAUCGGCAAUCUGGACUUGUUAAUUUUCAACAACGAAGAAAAAAAAAAUUCCGUGUAAAUGUGCUCCCAAACCAAGCAACUAUUCUUGCAAAAGCUCGGGAACUCAAGAUGAACUGUUUAACUUGAUCAAAGGAAUUCUCCACAAAACGCUCCAGUUUAUGUUCUCAACACGUAAAAGAAAAUCAAAAUAUCUCAAGUAAAGAAUGGAAACCUAAUAGAUCGGGAUCAAGUAUAAUUAACCGAGCGUUCGAGGUUAUCGCAAUUAUCUUCGAUAGGCCGGGAAUGAGCCAACACUGUCGGUUUGGUGGAAGGCUGUUGAAAUGCAGAGGGUUCCACCUUAGAUAAUGACAUGAUGAGCCUAUUACAGCAUUUAAUGCCGUCAGAUUUCUUACCUUCACAUCCUAAAAUGUCACCGACUCAGCAUGCUACAAGUGUUGAUGAAAGGAUAUCUUUGAGAGUGUCGAAAUGCCUUCAGGUGGCGUGGCUUGACGAUUAAAUUUAAAACCAAGAUAGGAACAGGAAGGAUUAUCUUUCACUUACUUGACAGGUUUUAAUCUGCUGGAGUAAUUACGAAUUUCUCGCGUUUGACUUCAGAGUUUUGUUUCUGAGGAGGGCAGGAAAACUAAUUGAUUGAAAAAGAACCUAAUUAUUAGAACAUUAUGCAGUGUAAAGUAAGAGUAAUAAAUCGCUGUCUUAAAAACCGUAGCUUUUCCUACAGAUUUCAAGUUUAUCUCUGAUGCUUAUCAUAUUCGAUACCCAUUAGUUGCACAAAGCUAUACGUAAGAAAUUUUCUUAUUAAGUUUAAGAAGUUUGUGAAUUCAGCUGCAAAUAACUGGAUGGUGAAAGUGCCACUAAACGUUUAAAAUACAAAUGUCCAGUCAAAAGAAAUUUGUUCUUUUAAAAAUUAUGCUCCCUUGAACUGAAAAAUUUGCGAAAUAAAAUAGUAAAUCGAACAGUGUCCAAAGAUCUCUAUUUAUGUGCAGGCUAAAAAUACGUAUCAUAUUUAUGUACUGCAAAUAAGUAUUCUAGAAACUUGUAAAAAUCUUUAAUUAAGUGAAAAUAAACAAACAUUGCUGGAAAUCUUAAAAUGUUGUGCUUGUUUAAUAUUAUCAUCAAAUUCUCAUAAAAAAUUGAUGUUUUUUCAUGCUGAUUCACGUACAGAUAAUCUAUGAAGUUUCCUGUAUUCAAAUAAACUGUACUUAGAAAUUUGAACUAUUAUCUUUCCUGAGUUUGUAGUAUGUUUUAUGUUACCAUACUUGCAACACAUACGGAUAAGUUGCUGACACAUGGAACUAUAUGACAGUCAACGAUACUUGCACAAGGACAAAAAAACUUGCAGUCAAAUAUAAGAUGAUUUUGCUUGAGGACUGCUGUGUUGAAACUAAUAUAUUCCAGAAAAAUAAGGAACAGCACAGAAAAUCAAACGGCCUUAGUGCUUACCUCCUAAAUCAUUAAACAAGAAUGUAUAUUCUAUAAGCUACUAGAACAAGAAAAGAAAAGAAAAAUUGUAGACGCUAGUUGCCAUGAUGGAUACGUUCAUGCUCUGUUUAUCACCAUAUGGUGCUACUGUCUUAUGAUAGUGCUUGGACUGGGCUGCCUGCUAAAUAUCGGAAUCAAGCAGUUUAAAGAAUACAAAGCUCAAAGAAAGAAACGUGGUGUUAAUUAUUCUGAUGUUUUCAUGCAAGGAGAUUUGUGGACAGAAUGGGUUAAUUUGAAACUUGUUGCCUGGCUUUGCUUAUUCUAUUUGAUUUUAGAACUGCCAUACAUUAUCAUUCAUCAAAUAAGUGCUUUAAAAACAUAUAAUGAUAGCACAGAUAUGCGUAAUAGUACAACAAUGAUCUUUAUCCAGAUUACUCCAAAAUACGAAACAGUUUUUACAUGGUUCAGGUACGUAUAUUCGUGUCUUUUUGCUGCCCUGGUAUUUAAAACGAGAAAAGAUAUACGCCAUAAAUUUCGUACCUUGUUAAAUUGUUGCCGGACUAAUGUUGUAAGGGACCUUUCUCCUAUACCAAUUGUUCGGAAUGAAAAUAGGAAGAUAAAAGACAAGGGAGAAAAGAAGGAUUCAAAUCCUCCACUAAGUUUAAAUACUCCGGUAUUAUAUAUAUCACCCGAGGGCUUAUGCUUGAGGCAGUUAGAUCCAAAUUCAAAGGUGCACAGUAAAUACACAAAGGAUGGAAGAUACAUUGAAGAGCCGAAAUUCAUAAGUUAUCUUUGUGAUGUUGAAUCUACAAGCCUUUCAGAAGAUUUAUGGAUUAGCCCAGUGGACAGUUUUAGAUCUGAAAGCAGUAAAACGAGACUUUCCGAAGAAUCUCAGAGACGAUUUUCUGAAGAAUCUGAGAUCUCCCUUCCAGAAAUGGGUAGUAGUUAUAUAGCUGAUAUGCAAUCUCAAGAAAUUCCAAAGAAAGAUAUUGAUACAUCAGUUCUAGAAAAUGCUACGAAAUCGGAACCGUCACAGCCAAAAAAAACAGUUCGGUUUGCUGAUACCUUGACAAUUUACCGAACGCUUACUCCAAAAAUCUCAACGCCUACCCCAGAAUGGGUUGUGAACGAAACCAGUGGAGUUCCUCGUUAUACAGCAAGGAAACCGUCCAAGAUUCCGACAAGAAUUCGUCGAGUAGAGCACACUACUCCAUGGAAAGUUGAGUUAAAUAGGACAUACAGUGUUAAUUCACCAGUCAUUGAUUCUAAAGCUGUUACAAGAAUAAUAGAUGGUUCUAAAUUUCACAGCAUAGGUGUACCUAAAAGCAAAUCUGGAGCUACUAAUGGAGUUCAAAUUAGGGAUCGGCAAAGGCCAAGUUUAGCAAAACCACCAAAAUGGAAAAUUAAUAAAUGACAUGUAGAUUUUAUACAUUUUUAAUGAAUUGUUUUAUUAAAAACUUAAUAUUAAUCCUGUUUUAAAUGAAGUUUUUGAUGUUCAACGCAUUUUUAAA